AUGCUAUACGGCCUUUCCCGCCGCAUUACUUUGAAAAUAGCAGAAUACUCUUCUAUAAGAGGGCAAAAAGUGAUCACUACUACUGGGCCAAACCCUACGUCGCACUACCAUAAGUCCCCCAUGACAGAAACGGAUACGCCUAUUAUUCGAUGCUGGGUCGAUGCCGCAACUAGUACAAGGAUAGUAGCAAUCGUGCUCGAGGAUGAACGCGAAUAUUACAUAUUUCAUAUAAAACCCGAGUGGGAAUCCAAUGGUCGCGACAUUAAUUGGAUGGAGGCUAUCGCGUUUGAGCUGCUCGUCAGUGUGCUCUUAGCACGGCAAUACACCGGAAGAGUGUUGGUCAAUAGUGAUUCUACGGCAGCUCUCGCUAUAUUUUCGGGUACUGUUAGUCGCCCUGGCCACCUCAAGGAGAUAGGAGAUAGAUUGAAGUCUCAAAGAUUUAAUUGGCCAUUUACUGUGAGGGCUCAGUGGCCUUGCAUUUCUGUACACUUCGACACGGCACACUAUCUAUUCAAUUGCGGCGAAGGCACUACUCGCUCGUUCAUCCAACAAAAGUAUGGUAUCAAAAAAUCAAAGGCGAUCUUCUUGACCCAAAUGAAGGUUUCUCGUCUGGGGGGGCUAACUGGUAUGCUCAUGAGCUUGGCAGACGCCGGAGUAACAGGCAUAGACGUUCUCGGCCCCCCUGGACUAAAUCACUUUCUUGCCUCUGCUCGAUCUUACGUCUUUCGUGAUUGGAUGAGUGCGAAUACCACUGAGAUCACCCAAGCACAAGGCCUCGAAAAAAUUUACGAAGAUACUUUUAUUCGAGUUUACGCAUUUUCGAUGUCGCCUCAGAUUUCUGAAGCUAUAUCAAUACCAGUUAAGCGCAAAGCUUCAGGGGGAAGCUUACGCUCGAGCUCUCCAAAACGUCCGGUCCGAGAUAAUUCAGAUGGUGGGUCAGAGCGUAGUGGAGCACAGCACUCUCGCAAUACUUCCACUCUGAAGGGAGUCGAGGCCGAUGAAUGGCGUGCCACUAUUAUCCGUGACAUGUUCCCCGGUCGUUCUAGUCAGAAUCAAGCACCAGCAACCGUAAAUAAAGAGAACUCUCCUCCUGGAAUAAGUCGCGCUCCACGACCACGUAGAUCUCUGAAUCGCCUCCCUGUUUUUGAGGGUUCAAUAUCAACAUCAGUGGCGUAUUUGAUCCUGGGUCCGGAAAUUCGUGGCAAGUUCGACCCCAAGGCAGCGGACGCACUAGGGGUGCCAAAGCGUGAACGAGGAAAACUCACAAAAGGUGAAUCGGUGACCGUAACGGUCAACGGAGUUCAGAAUAUUAUCACCCCCGAUAUGUGUAUGGGAGAGAGCGAGGCUCCAACGGGAUUUUUGAUAAUUGACUGCCCGACUAAGGAUUACAUUCCCAGUCUACCUGACCCCCAGACCUUCCAUCCGAUUCGGUCAGAAACUCCUUUCGUACUCGGUUCUAUUUACCACCGCGCUGGAUCAGGUGUUCUCAGAGAUCCCCGUUAUCGAUCUUGGGUCGCAACGGUUGCUCCCCCAGAGUGUAAUCACCUGGUUGCCAGUGAAGAUUUCUCACCAAAUUCUAUCUCGUUCCAAUCAAGCGCACACCUCUCGUUGAUCCUUUCUGAACUCGACAAAGAUAUGUUCUUUGCCCCUCGUGAAAACGACUCCAAGGACGAAAUAGCCAAAUUGAACAAUGUUUUCCAGAACCCAUAUAUAUUAUGCCCUGGUUUUGUAACUGAAAUGACACCUCCAAAGCCUCCAGUCCUCAAGCUAUUUCCGGGCGUCAAAAAUGAUCUUUACAAGGAAGACACUGCCACUCAUGCUCGAGGCGAAAGCCUACUUUCAACCGACGACGAAAGAGACUCAUUCAACAAGGCCAGGCAGCAGAUCUCCGAUUUGUUGUCUUCUCAUACUCACGAUCCGGCUCCUGGGGAUGAUUUUCGGGUUACUACUCUUGGGACAGGGAGUGCGCUCCCAUCCAAGUACCGGAAUGGUAGCAUAUUCUUUAUGGUAAAUCCCGUUCUUAUUUUUUCUGACGCUCUUAGUGUAGUCAUAUCAACGGUCAUCCAGAUGCCCAACUACGGAUCGAUAAUCCUUGAUUGUGGCGAAAACACUUGGGGACAAAUGUGUCGUCGAUUUGGCGUUGAUGAAACAGCGCCCGAGAACGCAUAUUCUGUUCUCGCGGAUGUCAAGUGUAUAUUCGUAUCACAUAUUCACGGAGAUCACCACAUGGGACUGCUAAGGCUGUUGACGACACGACGAGCGUUGACUCCUGCACCCAAGGAACCACUUUAUUUGAUUCUAAAUAGGGCCAGCGAACUUUGUGUUCGGGAGUAUCAUGAUCUCGAGGAUAUUGGACUGGAUGUAGAAAAUGGCGUUAGGAUUGUUCAAAUCGAAAAACCCAAGAGCAGGUAUUCCAGAGAAAGUAAUUCAAGGCCCAUUUCAACCAAAAUAGAGGAAAUCACUGGCCUACUGGGAUUCGAUUCUAUCGAAGCAGUUCCCGUGCGUCAUCGAACAAACUCAUGCUUUGGUAUUGUUGCGCGGCACAACAACGGUUGGAGCUUUGCCUACUCUGGCGACACCAUGCCAUGUGAUACCUUGGCCGAGGCGGGCAAAAACGUCACACUUCUCAUCCACGAAGCGUCAAUGGCGGAUGAAGAAUGGGAGAAAGCUGCUGAAAAGGGCCAUAGUACUAUUGGACAAGCAAUGGAAAUGGGUACUAGAAUGAACGCCAAAUACUUGCUUUUGACCCAUUUCUCGCAGAGGUACCCUAAAAUACCUAUUAUCAAGUCUGGGUUCACGGCCACUGCGCUGGCUUUUGACUAUAUGACUAUCAGUACACCACAUUUCUGGAAGGUCGGGAGUUAUAUGGGUGCACUCGAAAAAGUAUUCGAAACUGAACUGACUGCUGACGAUGAUGUAGCUAUGGAUUGA